UCAACUCCAACAGUCACAUCAACGGUAACAUUUCGCGCCGAAAACCGCAUCGAAUUGGAUUCCCAUUUUUUUCAUCACUUUUUCACCAUAACUCUGAAGGAUUCCAUGUGGAUUCUCUUAUCAUCUCUCGCCUCAGAUUCAUUGCGAGCUUCAAUCCUAAACAUACUGCCACAAAGAGAAAGAAAAAAAAAAGAAAGAAAGAAAUGCCUCUCUUCUGUAAAGCAGAAACAGAACUAACGUUCGGUUUUCAGUUGUUUCUUCAAUUAUGUCGACUUUGAAGUUUCCGUUUGGCAUACCUGGCGAUGGUAGAUGUUUGUUCCGUUCUGUGGUUCACGGAGCUUGCUUGAGAGAAGGAAAAUCAUCUCCAAGUGAGAGCAUUCAAAAGGAGUUAGCAGAUGAGCUUAGAGCUAAGGUUGUGGAUGAAUUCAUUAAGAGGCGUCAAGAUACUGAAUGGUUAGCUUUCUUCAAUAAUCUUUUCCUGGAUUCUCAUUCAACAUCAAUAUGGAAAUGUUUAUGCACUUGUAUACCCUUAUUUCAUGGAAUAGGCAAUCUAAAAAAGUUUCUUGAAGGUGAUUUUGAUGCAUACGUUGCACAGAUGAGGCAGCCUCAUAUUUGGGGAGGAGAACCUGAGCUGCUGAUGUCCUCCCAUGUGCUACAGAUGCCUAUCACGGUAUAUAUGAAGGAUAAGUUCUCUGGCAUCCUCAAAUCCAUAGCUGAAUAUGGUCAAGAGUAUGGCAAGGACAACCCAAUCCGUGUGCUAUAUAAUGGUUGUGGACACUAUGAUGCAUUGCAAAACCCUUAUGAAUCACAAGCCAAGAUGUACAAUAAAAGAUGAAGGGGUUCCAUGGGUAAGGAUUGCAGGAUUAGCAUACAUUCCUAUAUAUAUAUAUAUAU